AUGACUGUCGGAGAGGAGGAAGAGCUUCCGCCUUCCAAGCUCGGUACGAAAGAACACUGGGAUGGUCAGUACAGCCGGGAAAACGCAGUGUAUGAUGAUGUGGGAGAUGAAGGAGAGGUGUGGUUUGGCGAGUCCAGCGUCACCAAAAUGCGCAAGUGGGCGACCGAACAUUUGCCCCCAAGCAAAGAGCUCAUACGAGUCCUCGAGUGCGGAUCAGGCAAUGGGACACUGCUGCUCUCCUUCCUUACCUCGCCUGAGACCUCCGGCCCGCAACCCUUCCAUCUCACCGGUAUCGACUAUUCCGAGGGGUCUACUCGCCUGUCCAGAUCAAUAGAGGCCAAUCGACGAGAUACUCUCAGAGCCGACGCGGAGGAGAAUGACGAGGUGGUCAACCCGGCGAAGGUGGAAUGGCGGACGGGCGACCUGCUGGCGGACGAUAUGGAGGAGCAGUGGGAUCUCGUACUCGACAAGGGGACUUUUGAUGCGCUGUGUCUCAGCCAAGAGGUCGUGGCGGAGCGGGGAGGGAGAUUACCAUCUGUGGUAUAUCCGGAGCAGGUCGCCAAGCUGGUAAAGACUGGCGGAUCCUUCUUGAUCACGAGCUGUAACUUCACGGAGGAGGAGAUCAAGCGGAGAUGGACAAAAGAGGGUUUGGGUUUUGACUCAUCUGUACCCCACAAAUCGUACACUUUCGGCGGCAAGGUUGGGACGGUCGUUUGCACCGUGGCAUUUAAGAAGUGUGGGGGUACAAAGACAGACGCGGCAAUAGCAGAUUCUGCGGGAAAGGUCAUCGCUCGAGCGCAGGGUGGUAAUGGUAACAUGGCUGAGGUGUGUCAGGUCGUCCGUUUCAAGAUCUCCAUCGCUGACGGACCAAGGUGGGAGCACAAAUGA